CAGCCCACAUCCUCCGCUGUGUGCCCGUAAUUUGUGGCAAAGGUUCUGAAAAUACUGCGGGACAGACUCGAUGACUGUUCUUUGAGCUGUCGCAAUCCCCUGGCAAAUUCACCACGCCGUCUUGUAUCCGACCACGAGCGGCUCGACAGCGUCAGCGUUUCUUCGUCGCACGCAUUCAUAGCUGCCGACGCACCCUCUUUAUCACCGCUUCUCGCUUCCGGCUUCUGCCCGACACACGACACAUCCCACUUCUGCCCCGCCGGGAACGGCACCCACCGACAAGAUGUCGCUCUCAAACUGCAGGUUUUACGAGGAGAAGUAUCCGGAGAUUGACUCCUUCGUGAUGGUGAACGUAAAACAGAUUGCCGAUAUGGGAGCUUAUGUUAAGCUUCUCGAGUACGACAACAUCGACGGCAUGAUUCUGCUUUCCGAGCUUUCGAGGCGGCGUAUCCGAAGUAUCCAGAAAUUGAUCCGUGUCGGUCGCAACGAGGUUGUCGUCGUUCUGCGUGUGGACAAGGAAAAAGGAUACAUUGAUCUGUCCAAGCGCCGUGUGUCGCCUGAGGAUAUUGUCCGUUGCGAAGAGCGGUACAACAAGAGCAAGAUUGUGCACUCGAUUAUGAGACACGUCGCCGAGAAGACACAGACCCCGAUCGAGAGGCUCUAUGAGACAAUAGGGUGGCCGCUCAACAAGAAAUACGGACACUCCCUUGAUGCCUUCAAGCUGUCAAUAACCAACCCCGAUAUCUGGAACGACAUCCAGUUCCCGAGCGAGCCUGUCGCCGAGGAGCUCAAGUCGUACAUUGGCAAGAGGCUGACGCCGCAGCCGACCAAGGUCCGGGCCGAUAUUGAGGUCACCUGCUUCGGCUACGACGGCAUCGACGCCAUCAAGAGUGCUCUGCGCACUGCCGAGGCCCGCAACACUGCCGGGACGCAAGUCAAGUGCAGACUUGUUUCUCCUCCCCUCUACGUCCUUACCAACACUUGUCUCGACAAGAACGCCGGUAUUGCGCGGUUAGAGGAGGCCAUUGCCGACGUCCGGGCGAGCAUCGAGGAAGCUGGCGGUAACCUCGUGGUUAAGAUGGCGCCCAAGGCCGUGACUGAGUCGGACGAUGCUGAGCUCCAGGCUCUCAUGGAGAAGCGCGAGCGCGAGAACGCCGAAGUCAGCGGCGACGAAAGCGUCAGCGAGAGCGACGAAAACAUCCCCGAGACCGUCUAGGAGAGCGGCCCCCGUCGCAGGCUUCGGCAAAGUUUAUGAUGCAUGGCCCACGCACGUGUGCUGUGAGGAUUACCAGAUACCCCCAGGAUUGAGGGUCUUGGGAGACGGUGAGCCGGUUUCUCAGAUUCAGUCUGGCAUGACGGCGUCUCAGGAAUAAAAAAAGUUCCCGGGCACGGUAGACCGCGCAGAUAGCCAUCUAGAAGGAUCACAGCGGUA